AUUAGCCUAUCUCAAAGGUGCCGUUGCUAGUACUAACCUUCCUCCCUCCGUUGGCCCCACCCUGGCUAGGAGCGAAAUCCUACUGCGGACGGGAGGAGCCGCCAGCUGGAGCCUAAGCGAACCAAGAAAGGCAGAGAAAACAAAGUCGUCGUCGUCUCCUCCUCCUCCUGCUCUUCAUUAGGGCCGCCCUUAGAGCUGCAGCCGGGGAGCCGGGCGGAGGAACCUCAGACUCACCUGGUCAGAGUCGUCAGGAGUUCGGCGCGCAGCCCAGUGGCCGCAAUUCCCGCCAAACCGCCAAGCCUCCGGACAUGAUCCCGCCGGCAAGAACAAGGCACGGAGAGGGCCCGCUUGGAGCCGCUUUCUUCCAGCUCCUCCUCAGCCUCCUGGUAUUAAGUUUAUCUUGUGAAGCUUGUAAAAAGGUUACCCUAAAUGUGCCUCCAAAACUAAAUCCAGACACACUAAUUGGCCAAGUAAAUCUGAAAAGGUGUCUUAGAACUCCUCACCUGAUCAGUACCAGUGACCCUGAUUUCAUAGUUCUGGAAAAUGGUUCUAUAUUUACCACAAAUGCAGUUUCUUUGCCUUCUGGAAAGAAAACAUUCACCAUAUUACUCAAGCAUUUGCAGAAUAGUCAACAAAAGCAAAUCCAUGUUGAUUUACUGUCACAUUCUCCAAAAACACACAAAACAGGAGAAAUAGUUCUUAGACGCAGUAAACGAAGAUGGGCUCCUGUACCAACCAGUAUAAUGGAAAAUUCACUGGGACCUUUCCCAAUGCAAAUUCAGCAGCUAUCUUCUGAUACAGCUCAAAAAUACAACAUUACCUAUUCCAUUGGUGGUCCUGGUGUGGAUCAACCACCACUGAAUUUUUUUUACAUUGAAAAAGAAACUGGAAAUCUCUUUGUUACUUGCCCAAUAGAUCGGGAGGAGUAUGAGGAAUUUCAGAUAAUUUGCUAUGCAACGACAUUAGAUGGCUAUACACCAGAGAUUCCACUUGUACAUUUAAUCCGAAUUGAGGAUGAUAAUGAUAAUCCUCCAAUUUUUAAUCCUGAUACAGUUACUUUUAUUGUUUUAGAGAAUAGCAGAUCUGGAACCUUCAUUGGGAAAAUGACUGCAACAGACAGAGAUGAACCUGGCACCCUGCACACUAAACUGAAAUACAAAAUUGUGGGGCAAACUCCUGCUUCAUUUAAAGGUGGCUCUUUAUUUACUGUACAAGCAGAUACUGGUGAUAUUACUUUGCAAACCCCAUCUUUGGAUAGAGAGAAAAUAGAUAGAUACACGGUAUUACUGGAAGCAAGAGAUAUGGGAGGCCAGAGUUUUGGUUUAUGCAACACUGCAACAGUUGUAAUUGAAGUUGGUGAUGUAAAUGAUCAUGCACCAAUGUGCGAACAUGGUGUGUAUGAAGUAUUUAUACCUGAAAACACAGUUAAUGCAGAAGUAACGAAAAUUGGAGUGAUAGACAAAGACAUACGGGGAACUCCAGCGUGGCAUGCUACUUUCAGUAUUGUAAAGGGAAAUGAAGAUGGUUCUUUUAAAAUUGAAACAAACCAGGAUUCAAAUACUGGUACCUUAUGUAUUAAAAAGGGACUGGACUAUGAAAAGACCAAGGAGAGAAGAUUAGAAAUUGUUGUGAAUAAUGAAGUACCUUAUGUAUUAGCACCAAAUUCGGGACCAAUUUCUACAAGUACUUGUGUUGUUGUUGUUAAAGUACGAGAUAUGGAUGAAGGGCCUGAAUUCCAUCCUAAAAUAUAUAUUUUGGAUAUAAAAGAAUGUUUGAAAGCUGGAACAGUGGUUGGCCAUUACUCCGCAAGUGAUCCAGAGACCGGAAAUAAUGAAGACAUACGUUACAAAAUAAUAAAGGACCCAUGUAACUGGAUCACCAUGAAUAAUGACGGUCAGAUCAGCACCACUAAAAUGUUAGACAGGGAUGCACCAGAUUUACAGUUAUAUCAAUGUAAUGUAACAGUUGCUGCAGUAGACCGAAGUGGCAAAACAGGCACUGGAACAGUUAUAGUUAAUCUACUCGAUGAGAACGAUAAUUACCCAGUCAUUGUUCCUAAAGAGUAUACAAUAUGCAGAGAUAGAAAACCAAUUUGUCUUACUGCUGUGGAUGCUGACAUAGAUCCUCACACAGUUCCUUUUACUUUUUCCAUUCUUGAAAAAGAGACCCCAAACUGGAGAUUAACUGAAAAUGAUGACAGAUCAGUAUAUUUGGAACCAUCUGAUGCUUUAAGCUAUGGCCAGUACAUAAUUCCUAUUAGAGUAUCUGAUAAUGAAGGCAACUCUGGGAUUUCUGAAAUCAAAGUUACACUGUGUGAUUGUACAGUUCCUCGAGAUUGUAUUUACCCACCAAAAUCGAUUGAACCACAUAAGUCCUCAGAUGUCACUCUUGGUAUUUGGGCCAUCCUUGCUAUGAUUUUGGGAUCACUGCUGCUGUUGUUAAUUCUGAUCACGCUUUGUGGAUGUUUUGGUGGUGCACCCAUGGCUGGUACUAAGCAUGUUUAUGAUGAUUUAGCCAAUCAGAAUUUAAUCAUAUCUAAUACUGAAGCACCUGGAGAAGAAGUGAUGGAUCCGAACAUACUUCCUGUGAAAACAGGAAACAUAGUUACAUCUGAUCAAGGGGUUGUUUCUGGAGUAAAAACUGGGGGACAGGAAAGUUUUGAAAUGGUCAAAGGAGGACACCAGACCAUGGAAUCGAUUAGGGGAGGAGCACAGCACACCUUGGAAUCUCACAAAGGAGCAGGGCAUCAUACUAUAGAAUCUGGAAGAGGAUAUGGGCAGUCCAUGAUGGAUACGUACAAAUACAAUUAUUCAGAAUGGCAGAAUUACACAUUCCCUCGUCUGACUGAGAAAGUAUAUCUGUGUGGGCAGGACGAAGAGCAUAAGCAUUCUGAUGACUAUAUUCUUUCAUAUAACUAUGAAGGAAGAGGAUCGCCAGCGGGCUCUGUAGGCUGCUGUACUGAUCAGCAAGAAGAAGAGGCACUUGACUUUUUAGAUCAGUUGGAACCAAAGUUUAGGACAUUAGCAGAAACCUGCGUGAAGAGAUAGAUGACAGAGUGGAAAAUCAUCACUGCUAUGCAGAAUAGCUGUUUCAAAUCUUGAAUACACCAGAUUCAUGUUUCUUGUUUUUCCUGUAAUGGGUGUGGCUAAUCAAAAGUACAUCCUAACAUUAGGUUUGUCAGGACUAAGGUUUCUAUAUCUAAACUUCAUGUGCUGCAUUCUAUUUUGUUUUAGACUCUCUUUAGCUGUCAUGUCAAUCUAUAAUUAACUUGCUUCCCAAAUGCAACAGAUUCUCAUUUUAUUAUUUUUCUAGAUUUCAUGGGGAUUAUUUGGGGCUGCUACUCCCAUGGUUUUCAGGUUUCAACCAUGAUGCCUAGGAAUUUUGGGUGCUCUGCCACAUCUUUCUCCACUGGGGAAAUUGACUGUAGGAAAACUAAGUUCUUUAUUUCUUACUUUUAGGUAUUGCGCUUUAAGCUAGCUAUGGUAUUUUUGCUUGGAUGUCAGCAAGCUUUCUUUAAUUUAGUUAAAUCUUUAGCUUUAUAGAGAGAAAUGGCAAAGGAUUGCAGUUAUUAAUUACUUGCACCUUAUGAAAACAAAGAUUCUGUUUUCAAAACAAGAUGCCAUUUUUUUCUGUAACACCUUCCUUUCUAGUCUUAUAACCUCUAGCUUUCCUCUGUUUUUCUCCUUAGCAAACACCCAGUGUUUUAUGAUCACUGAGAAUAAUUGGGCUUUAUCAUCUUUUUUUAGGGUUGGAUUGAGGGUUGGCAAGGGUACUUUGGCAAAGUUUGGUUUUCCCCCUAAGCCUUUGCUUUACUCUUUUAUAUGGAUGUUGUUCUUUUGACUAAUAAAGAUAUUUUAACAAAGAAAUUGCUUAUAUACAAUGAAAUGUCUGUGUUAAAUAAAUCUUUUUGAUUAGACAAUAUACAGAAUGAAAAGCAGAAAUGGUUUAAUGGUUUAAUCUUAACAGUACAGUAAAUAAAGGGAUGUAUUUACUAAUAUUGCAGAUACAAGCAUAGAAGUGAAUAUAAAAAGUGCAAAGGCAACAAUUUUCCGCAAGUGUUUAAUGGCAAAGUGUUAUUUGCCUUGUUUACCCGAGGACUACUGCUAUUCCUUUAGUGUAGUUUUUAAUCACAUCAUAAGCAGAGGUAAAACUUGGGGGUGGAAGAACUACUAAUAUCAGCACUGCAUUUUGUUUUCUGUCAUCAAAAACAAAACUGUUUAAGGCACAAUGUAUGCUGACUCUCCAUUUUAUGUAAUGAAUCAUGCUUUGCAAUUUUCAUGCAUGAACUAACAUGGUCCUUAUUAUCCUGGUGUAAUAUAGAUUCGUGAUAUUUGUGUACCUAUACUUAAAGAAUUGGAGAAAUACAUAAGGUGCUAGAAAUCUAUAAUCAUAAAAAUUGGCACGAAGUAUAUAGUAUUUGAAGGUACUUUUUUGGAGACUGAAGCUUUUAUCUUCACAGGUAUAGCCUCAACAUGGAGCUGAAUCUAGUCUUCCUUAAAGUAAAUAAUUGGAAAACGUUAUAACUCAUUUACCUAAUUAAUUACAAUUAAGGUACUUUAAAUAUAAUUGAGUCCAUAUACAUUUUACAGAUCUUUUAAUAAGAGAUAAAGUUCUGAUAGGCUAUAUGUACUACUGAAUAUGAAUUCUUUCAAAGAAAAGUGUUGUUGCUGCUAUUGCUGUUGUUACUAAUAGUAGUUUCGGUUGUAUUCCUGAUAUGAACAUUUAAGUGCAUCAAUAGGAAAUGACCAGCUCUGAUAUAAUUGGAUAUAAAAGCACAAAAUGUUUUUUUUAAUGCACAUAAUAUCUUAAAUAUUAAAAGAAAUAUCUUAGAAAAGUAGGAAAUAAAUUAUGGAUCAAUGUUUUACUAAAUGCCUUGCCAAUUUCUGAAAUUUAAUAGUGUGAACUUUAAAAGAUUAAAUACAAGCAAGAAAAAUUGACUUAAUCAAGGCUUCAUUCUUAACUAUUUUUCUAGAAAUAAUAGAGAAUGAGCUACUUUGUAAGUUUUGAAAACUUUUUUAAAAAAAAACUAAAGUCACCUUAGUUAUUUGCUUAACAUAUGCAUCAUUUAAGCAAAAAUGCUGGAUGGGAAUUCUGUGAAUUCUAGUCCAAUAUAACUGGAGGGUGCAGUAUUUGGUGGCUCUGUAGUACUCCAUAUAAAUUUUAACUGUUAUAUGACUAUAACCAUUGAGGGUAGUUGUGGUUUUCCAUCUUCUGCUCCUUUCCCUUCCUUCCAGAUAUAUGACAUUUAUAAUUUAAAUGUAUUCUCUUCGUAACUAUUAUAAAAAUAAAACCCUCCAGAACAAUGUAUAUUCUAAAGAAUGUUACAUUGUCAUAAAAUAGCAAUUAGAUUUAAAUUUAUUCCUCCUUAUCAAACUUUUGUCAGUGUCUGUGUUACCAGUAGUUUAGUGAAACUGAAGUUCAAUUUUUGUCAGUUUAAAAAUUAUGGUCAUUGUAAAAUCCUAUGGCUGUAAUUAAGAAAAGAAGAAAGAAAAGAAUGUACUAAGUAUGAAAUAUAAAAUAGAAAUUCAAAAUCAGACUUGGUAUAAAUAAAACUGAUAAGAACACAUGCUGUAUUGCUAAAAUCAUGUAAUGGGCUGAGACAUCUUCAGUUAAGCUUUCUUGGUCAUAAAAUUGGCCCUUGGCUUAAGCCAAGUUGUUCAUUUCUGAACACUGUGGUUGUAAUAUAGGGAUAAUACUUAGUAUUGCACUGUAUUUGAGGUGCUUUGAAUGUUCAGGCAAAGUUUUGUACAUGCAUUAUUAUAAUUUCUGGCUUUUAAAUAGCUUAGACAUGGGUUUUCUCUGUUUUCCUCUUUUUAUACCUGCCUAGUACAGGCAGUCCUCAACUUACAACUGUUCAUUUAGUGACCAGAGUUACAA